AUGGCUGCUACCGAUUACAAGUUUGAGGGCUGGAUGGGCCUGGACUCCUCGGCCAUCGAGGGCAAGAUGGUGUGGAAGGAGUUCGAGCCCAAGGCUUGGGAGGAAACCGACGUCGACAUCAAGAUCACUCACUCCGGUAUCUGUGGAUCCGACCUGCACACUCUCCGCAGCGGAUGGGGCCCUACCCAGUACCCCUGCUGCGUCGGCCACGAGAUCGUCGGUACUGCCGUACGCGUCGGCUCCAAGGCCGAGGGAAACAUCAAGGUCGGCGACAUUGUUGGUGUCGGAGCUCAGAACGACUCCUGCCAGGGCCGCAAGGGUGACUGCGAGGCCUGCGCUUCCGGCCUGGAGCAGUACUGCCCCAACAACAUGGUCGGAACGUACAACAGCACUCAUCUCAACGGUGGCCAGGCCUACGGUGGAUACGCUCUGUACCACCGUGCUCCCUCCCGCUUUGUCAUCAAGAUCCCCAGCAACAUCUCUCCCUCCGUCGCUGCCCCCAUGAUGUGCGGUGGUAUCACCACCUACUCGCCUCUCCGCCACAACGGCUGCGGCCCCGGCAAGACCGUCGGUAUCAUCGGUGUCGGUGGUCUCGGCCACUUCGGUAUCAUGUUCGCCAAGGCUCUCGGCGCUGACCGCGUCGUGGCCAUCUCCCGCAAGGACAACAAGCGCGAGGAUGCCCUCAAGCUCGGAGCCGAUGCUUACAUCGCUACCGACGAUGACAAGGACUGGGUUAAGAACAACUCGCGUUCCCUGGAUCUGAUCGUUUCGACCGUCUCCUCUUCCAAGAUGCCCCUGGUCGACUACAUCUCCCUCCUCAAGACCAACGGCAACUUCGUCCAGCUCGGUGUUCCCGAGGACGGUGCUCUCGCCAUCCCCGCUGCCGCUCUUAUCAUGAAGCGUGUCAAGUUCGGUGGUUCCUUGAUUGGUAGCCCCAGCGAGAUCCGUGAGAUGUUGGAGUUGGCUGCUGAGAAGAACGUCCAGACCUGGGUCCAGGAGCGCCCCAUGAAGGACGCCAACCAGGCUGUGGUCGACAUGGACGCCGGCAAGGCCCGCUACCGCUAUGUGCUCGUCAACGAGCAGUAA